AUGCACUCCUCAUCCUCUCCCAGGCCCUGCAAGCGCCAACGUACCAUGGUCACUCCUCCAUUGACUAUCCACGACCCAGAGUCAAACUCUAUCCUCGACCGUGCUACACGAGUUCUGUCAAUCGAAGCCACUGCACUUUCUCACGUCACCAGGUUGUACCAGACUGAUCCCCAUGCCAGAGAGGGACUCCUUGGGGCGGUUGAGUGUAUCACCAAGUCACAAUCUGUCGGCGGAAAGGUCAUCGUUUGUGGCGUAGGCAAGAGUGGCCUUGUCGGCCGAAAGACUGUCGCGACGCUGAAGAGUCUGAGCAUCGCAGCCAGUUUCAUGCAUGCUGCCGAGGCCGCACAUGGUGACCUUGGUGAUAUCCGAGAGCACGACGUCUUGUUCUUCAUCUCAUACAGCGGCAAGACGCCUGAGCUGCUCAACCUCCUUCCCCAUCUACCUCGUCAGCUUCAGAUUGUUGCCUUGACUUCACAAUCGAAGGCAUCCGAAUGUCCACUAUUGAAAGAGCACGAGAAUGGCGUACUGCUCCCAGCACCCUUGUUCGAGUCGGAAGAGGUUUCAUUUGGUGUGUCGGCGCCGACAACAUCCACAACUGUUCAGAUCGCCAUCGGCGACAUGCUGGCGCUCACUGUGGCAGACCAGCUGCACGAAAACAAGGGCAAGACUUUCAAGAAGAACCACCCUGGAGGUGCCAUCGGAGCUGUGACCAGAGAGUCGGCAAAGACCAUCGCCGACGCUUGUCACCAGCCGGUCACUCCCUCUGAGGUCACUCCUCUCGAGCUACCUUCUCCGAGUCUCUCAGCGCAGAGCGAUCUCUGA